AUGAGCAGUUUUGGCCGCUCAUUGUCCAAAGAGGUGCCAGCAUCGCCGUCGCCGUCGUCGCAGUCGCCAGCGCGUCCAGGUCCACCGGGGCGUCACUACAAGGCUCGCUCCAUCAGCCGCGCCAGCCUCGACCUCUCCAACUCGGAACACGGCGCCUUUCUCGGCCAGACCAACCUCGACGACCUCGACGACCCGCCCUCGUCGUCCUCUGCCUACCCUCCUCCCUCUUCCGCCGCCAGCCUCGGCCGGACCGCUUCCCGACGAAGCAGGAUGCCUCUCGGACCCAAGCGCCUCGCCUUCUUCCUCCUCGCCGCCGUCGGCCUCGUCUGGCUGCUCGGACCCACGCAGAGGAGGCAGGACGUCACCACCUACGUCAACGACAAGGCGGGCCAGGUGCUCGACAAGACGCCGUGGCGAAGACCCGGAAACCUCGGCCUCGCAAACGAUGCCACCGACAUGCCCCCACCAAACUCGCCCGGAUUCGUCCCGCCCGCUUCGUCGUCGUCGUCGUCGGCCCAGCCGGGCGCAGUCCGAGAGCGGCCUCCGCUGCACCCGGACCCGCUCAAGACGACCCGCUGCGACGAGAGCAGCCGCCUGGCCAAGCCCCACGACGCAAAGGGCAACGUCCGCCCGCUGGUGCAGUACGCCGUCAUGAUCGACGCCGGGAGCACGGGCAGCCGCGUGCACGUGUACAAGUUCAACUACUGCAGCAACGCGCCCGAGCUCGAGGACGAGUACUUCAACCUCGUCAUCGGCGGCCUCUCCAACUACGGCACCCAGCCGUCGGCCGCCGCCGACUCGCUGCGGCCGCUGCUGCAGAAUGCCCUCGAGCGCGUGCCCAAGCAGCUCCAUGGCUGCACCCCCAUCGCCGUCAAGGCCACCGCCGGCCUGCGCCUGCUGCCGGGCGAGCAGGCGCAGCACGUCCUCGACGCGGUGCGCACGAUGCUCGAGACCGAAUACCCCUUCCCCAUCGCCGACGGCAGGGACAGCCGCGGCCAGCGCGCCACAAAGGGCGUCGAGAUCAUGGAGGGCAAGGAGGAGGGCGUGUUUGCCUGGAUCACGGUCAACUACCUCCUCAACCGCAUCGGCAACAGCCAGGGCCACGAGGCAGAGACGGCCGCCGUCAUGGACCUCGGCGGCGGAUCGACGCAGAUUGUCUUUGAGCCCGCCUUCACCACGGCCUCGCAGGGCAUGCAGCCGGGCGAGCACGUCUACCAGCUCAAGGACUUUGGCGCCCGCUCCUUUACCCUCUACCAGAAUUCGUACCUGGGCUACGGGCUGAUGCAGGCGCGGCAGUCGGUCAACUCGCUGGCCGCCUUCACCUACAGCCUGGCGCACCCCAACGCGGUGCGGACGGGAUCGGCGCACACGGCGGCGGAUGCGGGACCGCUGGACUGGUCGGCGAUGACGCCGGACAACACGCGGAUCCCGUCUCCGUGCUUUGCGGCGGGCAAGACCAAGGCGGGCACCAUCACCCAGCCGGGGCGGGCGGACCGGGCGAGCGUGACGUUUGUCGGCACCGAGGGUGGUUUCGCCGCGUGCCGCCGCCUGGUCGAGGUCAUGAUGGACAAGGACGCCGUGUGCUCGGCGCGUCCCUGCUCGUUUGCGGGCGUCUACCAGCCCUCGAUGAUGCAGACCUUCCGCACCGCGCCCAUCAUCGCCCUGUCGUACUUUUACGACCGCCUGCAGCCGUUUGGCCUCGCGCCCGAGUUUCGCAUCGACCAGCUGGCCAAACUCGCCGAAAAGGUGUGCGCCUACCAGCCCGACGCGACGGCGGGGCGAGGGGCGGGUGAGUUUUCGGCCGAGGCGCAAAAGGAGCUCGAGGACCGGCCCGAGACGUGCCUCGACCUCACGUUCAUGCACGGCCUGCUCAGCCUGGGCUACGAGCUCGAUGGCGACCGAAAGGUGAGCAUCGCCAAGAAGCUCGGUGGCACCGAGCUCGGGUGGUGUCUUGGUGCGCAGCUCGCCGUACUCGAGGAAGAGGGCCUGCUGUGCAAGGCGCCCACGCCCGGUGCGGCUCUGUCGGGCGGCUCGCCGCUCCUCGCCCCUGCGGCAUAG